AUGGUCCGUGUGAAUGGUGCACCCAUCGCAGUCUUGACUGCACUUUUGAUAGAGAGAGGCCUCGUAAAAAGCCACGAGGAACAACUUCCUCCACAGGGUACAAAAAGAGCAAGAUAUAGUGGUCAUUCUGAUCGCCCAUCAGUCUCAUCUGGAUCUGCGCAAAGCCCCGCAGAGAACUCUCCUGGCUCAAUAAGUGAUCAUCAUGCGAAGAUCACUAGAUCUGCAAGCCAGCUGGGUCCAAAUUGGUUCUUCAAUAAAAUACCUAUACCUUCUGAGGCAGGCUGUCGAUGGAUGGCAGCAAGAACUGGCCAGGAUGUCAGCGGCAAUGAAUUCGACAUCCCUGGUUUUACGCCUCCUCCAUCUAGCAUUUUGUCAUCAGGCUUACAGAAUGGAUUUGAGCUACCCGAUCAAGAUCUUCUUCGAGAAAUGUUGAAUAAGUUUUUCAGAUCUUCAUUCGGCCGCGAGUUUCCUGUCCUGGAUAAAGACUCACUUGAGAAGACUAUUGAGACUGCAUAUACGCCAGUGGAUGAAAACGAUAUCUCUUCUGUGCAAUUGUCAGCAAGGGCCUGUAUUCUUGGUGCCUUCUCCUUUAUAUCGACUCAAAAAGAGUUUCGGGAAAUGCUAGACCGUGACGGCAUCUCUAUCGACUUCGAGCGUUGUACGAGUGAAGCACAGCGUCUGUUUUUUUAUAUCCAAGGAGAUUCGAGCCUGGAAACCCUUCAAACGGCUUUGUUCUUGGUGUUACAACAGAUCUUUCAGGGUCUUUGGCAAGAUGCUGCACUCUAUCACUCUAUUGCCUGUCGUAUAGUCUGCUCGUUGAAGGGACAUAUCCACCAUUCCAUUCCACAUGUCUUCCCAGAGAACUUAGACGCAGAAGGAAAGAAAACCCGACACACUCGCGUUCUUUUCUGGCUAUGCUACAUGCUCGAUAAGGACAUUGCUCUUCGCACUGGGAAUCCUCCUUAUCUUACUGAUGCCUCCUGUGACCUUGACCCCGUGGAUUUCUCUGCAUUGUAUUCGAAGUAUCCGGUAGAAUCGAGUGACUAUCCCUCGACUGGUGAAGUUAUCUUCGGCGGUGAUAUUCAGUUCUUACCAGAAGAUCCUUACCUUAGUCGCUUGAAGGAGACAGUCUUCUUACAACUAUUUUCGGCUGGUGCCAUGAAUCAAAGUGACGGGCAGAUUUUAGCUCAUAUCCGCGAGCUAGAUGAUGACAUAGAGCGCUGGCGCUUGUCCAUACCUCCGAAUUUUCGCCCCAAUCUUUCAAUUCCUCCGAAUGAGCUACCGGAUAUAAAAAUCCCAGAACUUACAAGCUUCACCCGACGCAUGUCACUUCGCCUGAACUAUCAUCAUCUUGUCACUGUCAUCCACACAACUGUUCGGAGAUGCAGUGUUGAGUUCAGUGAGGAGCUUCAUCAUGUCGUUCAUUCAAGCUUUGAUCUCGCCCUAGAGGCUAGUCGGUCGACCAUCUGGUGCCUCAGUACUCUCAUCAAAAAUAUUGCAGAGGAAGCCUUUCGGUGA